CGCCUAGUACCUGCCCACUGAGUUUGAGGUGACAGAAUAACAAUUCAUGAUGCUCAAGCGAACGACUGCCUGAAUGAUGAUACAGUAUAUCACUUAUACUUCAUCAACUAUUACUAUUGGCACUCUUGUUCCUGCAUUGCCGUCUAAUGUUCUGAGUUUUAUUAUCGUCAAAUGAACGCUCACAAACGUGUGCAUGCGUAUCAAAGUAUACAGGGGGCAGCAUUAAGUCAUUGAGUGGGCGCGUUCAAGUUGAAAAUGCUUGCAUCGGAUUGGUCGCGGGUGGAACAUCUGUAGCCACACUUGCAGCUGCUCAUGUCUCCGGCCAGAAAGCAGCCCAUGACUCAGUCGGUGCCUGCAGUGUUCAGCUGAACCGAUCCGACGCGGCCUUGUUAACAACUCAAUGAAUCAGCACCGUGUUUGAGGACCUCCCUCGUCUUAUUUCGACGUAACAAUCUCCCAUUAAGCCUGGAAGAAAAGUUGUUUUAGAGACCCAGUCGGUUCUUGCAUUGUUUACCAACCGGGCGAUACGUUGUGAAAUGGUUCCUCUUCAGGAGGAUUUUAUUCCAAGGAGCCUCGUGGACGUAUGAGAAGCACGUCCCACUCUUUCCCUGAAAUCCAUGCGGCAACUGGAAUACGGGAGGCGUUUGGCGCUGCUGGACUCACCAGCUAUCUUUCAUCCAACCAGACUGUGACGUCCAGGUAUGCAGAGGAUCUCGUGGCCGCCGAGAUAGACACAAAGGGACUCUCUUCAAUUUCACCCGAAUUUCAAGUGAUUGCCGCCUUCUCCCGGCGUGCUUUGUGGGCAGCGGAGGAGUCAACGUUCCCCUGACGGCGUAUGUCAACGACGCUUGGCGCAGAGCUUUGUUUUAAACGGACAGUCGAUAAGUUUCUAAUCGGAUUGAUGGUGGUUGGGCGAAGGCAGAGGACUACCAAACUGGCCGGCGAGGAGCUGACGGCUUACUCGGAGCUGUCUGGGAAUCGGCGAUGAAUGCGGGGAUUUAUUCGGCGUGAUUCGAGCUGCAGCAGCUGUCUGCCAGGCGCGUUUAUGUAUAGCUUUUGCAGGGUCAAGAUGCAGGUUCGGACUGUGCUGGACGUCAAAGUGGUGGACGUGGAGAAAAGGCGCAGUCCAUCGAAACACUACGUGUAUCUCAUCAAUGUCACCUACUCAGACAAUACCUCCCACAUCAUUUACAGAAGAUACAGCAAGUUCUUUGACCUUCAGAUGCAACUACUUGACAAGUUUCCAAUUGAGGGUGGACAAAAAGAUCCAAAGAAGAGGAUUAUUCCAUUUCUGCCAGGCAAAAUCCUCUUCCGAAGGAGUCAUGUGCGAGACGUGGCUAUGAAGCGACUGCGUUUCAUUGACGACUACUGCAGGGCGCUCGUGCGACUCCCCCCUCAAAUCUCACAGAGUGAAGAAGUGCUACGCUUCUUUGAGACAAAAGCUGAGGACCUCAACCCCCCUGUGGAGGACUAUGGCUCCAAGCGCAAGUCGGUAUGGAUGUACGGCAUUACCGACAGCCCAAGGAAAGAGGCGUCAGGGAUUGACAGCUUGGAGCCUAUGGUACUGGAGCAGUAUGUGGCUGUGGCCAACUACGAAAGACAGGAGAACUCUGAGAUCAACCUCAAAGCCGGCGAGACAGUGGACGUGAUUGAGAAGAGCGAAAGUGGUUGGUGGUUUGUCAGUACAGCAGAGGAGCAGGGCUGGGUGCCUGCCACAUAUCUUGACUCCCAAAGUGGAACCAGAGACGAUUUGGAUUUAGGCACCUCCAGGACAGGGGAGGUGACUAAAAGACGCAAGGCCCAUCUGAAGAGGCUUGACCGUCGAUGGACUCUUGGGGGUAUUGUGAACCGCCAACAGAGCAGAGAGGAGAAAUAUGUAACAAUACAGCCAUAUACCAGUCAAGGGAAGGAUGAAGUCAGCUUUGAGAAAGGGGUUACCGUGGAAGUUAUUCAAAAGAAUCUAGAAGGCUGGUGGUACAUCAGAUAUUUGGGGAAAGAAGGAUGGGCCCCUGCUUCCUACUUGAAAAAGUUAAAAGAAGACUUCUCCCCUCGUAAGAAGACGCUGUCGGGUCCUGUGGAAAUCAUUGGCAACAUCAUGGAGAUCAGCAGUCUUUUACAAAAGAAAUCAGUCAGCGAAAAGGACAUCCAGACAGACGGCGAUGGUAGCACCACACCAGAGCGUCACAUCUCCAAGAGCGAGAUCAGCUUGCCUAUGCCCUUUAGCUCUGAGAUCAAUGCUGAGACAGGCAGGAGGUUGAGCGCAGGCCGUGAUACUAACAGUCCUUGCCUGGGAAUAGCAGCAGCGAGCUCUGCCCGGAAUGAAGCCAAAGUGAGAGGUGAACCAAGUUCCCCGGCCGUUGCCAGAGUAGCACCACACAGAGUUGAAAUCGGCUUUGACUCCAUUGGGUCUCCUAAUCUGAGACAAAAACCUCCUCCAAGAAGAGAGAUCAAUUUGGGUUUGCAGUUGCCUAAGCCACCAGAGCCACCUGCUGUGGAAGCAGAAUAUUACACCAUUGCAGAUUUCCAGUCCUCCAUUUCCGAUGGCAUCAGCUUCCAUGGAGGACAAAAGGCUGAUGUAAUAGAGAAGAACCCCGGAGGUUGGUGGUAUGUGCAGAUUGGAGAGAUGGAGGGAUGGGCACCAUGCUCCUACAUCGACAAACGCAAGAAGCCCAACCUCAGCCGUCGAACCAGCACCCUGACCAGGCCCAAAGUCCCACCCCCGGCCCCGCCUGUGAAAAAGCAUGAUUCUGAGGAGACUCCUCCUCCUAACACGUCCACUCCUAAAGUAACAGAUUCUGUCAAAAGAUCUGUGUAUGAGGAACCUGAAUAUGAUGUUCCAGCAGUUGGCUGUGAAGGUGAAUCGGAUACAGAUUCUUUCAAAGGUGAACGUUCCUUGGAUGUUAAAAUUAGUAAUGUAGUCAGCAACAAGUAUCGCAGUUCCCCUCCCUCAAGUAAAACUUCCCCUCUUGUGUGCAAAAAAUCACCAGUUUUCGCCCAUCGAAGGGCCUCCUUCCGAUCUGUCGAAGAAGUUGCUAAAGAGGAACGAAUCUAUGAAAAUGAUCGCUUUCAAUCUAGUGGUGGUACAGAAGAAAAAACGGCAGAAGCGGCCAGCGAGCCUGACUUUCCAAGGACGUACCAUUCCUCUACAGUUCCACGCAAACCCUCUGGAUCUUCACCGUUGCCUGGUCACCCCACAAAAACAAUGACCCCAGAGAUGAAUAGAAGAAGCCAGACUCUUGGUAGACAAACAGACAUUCACUUCCGGUCCCAGGAGAACAGUCCCCAUUCCUCGUCAGACGGAUUGAAUCGAGGUUCCAAGAAAUGCACGAGCAUUAGCCGGGAUGUGGAGCAGAGAAUAGGUCAGAGCCCGUCUACCAGACCGAAGCCUUCUGUCAGACCUAAACCACUCCUUAUGAAAUCAGAGCCUCAGAGUCCUGAGAGGAUGGAUAUCAGUUCCUUAAGACGCCAAUUGAAGCCCACAAGUCAGUUACGACACGGACACAAGACUUCUCGAGGAGAAGACUCGGAUACUGCCUCUGUAAUAUCAUCAGGGGAAUCUGUGUGUUCACGCAGUACCUCAGAUCUUUCAACCGUUUACUCCAAAGGUAGCUAUGGAGACUCUGACGUAGAGGGAUCCUGCCUGUACCGCUCCCUGGAUGCAUACAAGAAAGUCCAAGAAUCAGAGAUCAGCUUUCCAGCUGGGGUGGAAGUGGAGGUUCAGGAGAAGCAAGAGAGUGGCUGGUGGUAUGUGCGCUGGGGUUCUGAGGAGGGUUGGGCACCCUCAUACUUUUUGGAACCUGUCAAGCGAGUGGGUGAUGCUGCGAGGCGAGAAUCAGAUGGACACGGCAGUAAGUCCGAUAGCCUUGAGAAAAACGAAAAGCACGUCAUGGAUCUAAAUAACGUCAAUCUUCAGGGUCUGACCCAGCAGCAUCAAGGCUUGAGAAGGAACACGCCACCAAUUCCUUCAAAGCCUCCCGGUGGCUUCACCAAGCCAUCCGGGAUAGUCAAUGGAAGUGUGCGGAUGAGGAAUGGGGUACGCCAAGUGGCAGUGAGGCCCCAGUCUGUAUUUGUAACGUCAACGCAGCCGGCAAAGGAUACACAUUACAUGACGGGUUCUCUGAGACGGAAUGACUCUCUUGGCAGGAGUGAUCGCUAUAGCUCAGGUUCUGCCACACUUGGUGUCCACCGAAAUGCCUCCUUCAGCACAGUGCGCCCCCACGUGGUUGUUGAAAGUCAGACGCGACCUGCCGAGCGCCCGAACCUCGGCUCCUCGGUGAGCGGAUUCAGUUCAAGCAAUGUCCCGGAUCCCCUUGGCAGAUUUAGCCAGCGCAACGGUAUCCCCGUGUCCACAGUCCGUCCCAAACCCGUAGAGAAGAGCCAGCUGAUCAAAAAUAACCUCGGCAGGGAUGUGUACGUGUCCAUCGCCGAUUACCGCGGUGACGAAGAGACGAUGGGCUUCACCGAGGGCACCUGUCUGGAGGUCUUGGAGAGAAACCCCAACGGUUGGUGGUACUGCCAGGUGCAGGACAGCCUGCUUCCCCGUAAAGGCUGGGUCCCGUCCAACUACCUUGAGCGCAAGAAAUAAUGGCCACCCAUAUUCACUUCACUAACACCUUUUUGAUGUCCCCGAGGAAGUGGGUGAUGUCACCCCUCAAGAAUGUUACCCACCGUCUCCUACAAGCAAUACGUCCUUGACAAUGGCCACUUAAAGAGAAAAGACUGUGUGAUCUGAGAUGGAAGGACACAUUAAGUGCUGGCUUACUAAAAUAUAUACAAAGAGGAUUGUGAAGUAUUUAUUCGCAAGCAACGGAUUGGUCAUAUUUACCAGGACCACCUUAAAUAGAUGGUACGAAAAGGGGUUUUCUAUAUUUCCAUCACAGGCUGUGAUGGUUAAGUGCCUUUUGUAUUUCACCUGAAUGGAAAUAUUAAAUGGUGGAUGGCAAACUGUAACACCAACCAAAUAUUUGAAAUGUGCCAUACUUCUUUGAACACCACCACUUAGUGGCUCCGACAUCAAGUUGAAACGGCCAUUUUGGAUCUGGGGGCUCGUAUGGAAGACGGACACGUUUGAUUGGCUGAGAAUUAUGUCACUUCAAAUUCUAUUAAUCAAGCAAAGAGGAAUCUCUUAUUUGUUGGUGUUAUUUUGUGUUUGUCUUGAAUAUCUCUUGGGUUGAUGUCUUCUUUAGAUAAUUAUUUCUGCUCUCUUGUGACAUCUUUGAACCGCCAAAUGCUUUAUGUUACAAAAGUAAAAGCUCUUUUAAUGUUCUACCAUUUGAAGCGACACUUACAAAACACACAACAGUCGAAUUAGUGGCAAAGUAUCGUGUUGUCAAUAAUCAGUUGCAUUUUUAUGCCAAAUGUAGCGCCAGGUAAAACAAACAUCCAAUAUAUAAAAGUUCAAAUGAGUAAAUGAGUUAUAAAUCGUUUCCAAAGUGAUUAAUAGUUUCUUUCACUGCACUGUAGUUGUCAUCUUUCACAAGAUUGUACUGCCGUUGUGCGAAUGGAUUACUUAAGGACCGGAAAGGCCGGGAAAUAAUUAAUUUCCAGGAACAUACCGUAUAUAUGCCCUUGCACUGCAUUUAGCCCAAAUAUGUGUGCACACAUUUUCUGUAUUUAUGGUACGACUAAUCCAAAGCGUUCCACAAAGUACGUAGAAUAAAGUUACUGAACUGAAAAACACGAAAACCAGGAACAACUAGAUAAUGACAGUACAAUGUGAAGUAGUCGGCGAUGGAGGCAAGAAUUGACAUCACUGACGACCCUAAACACUGUGCCUCGACACAUCUAGUUGACAUUACUUGCCUCAAAGUGCUUUAAUGCAGACUCUUUCAUUUUCAGUGAGUGUGUGACGUCCCCUCCACCCCCGCCCCAUAUUGAACAGAUAUGUAGAGCUUAAAGUGAAUUCAUCUUUUUCCCCAAAAUUGAGUCUGAGAAGUCAGAAUGCCUUCCUUAAUUUCUUUUUUGUAAUGUAAUCAUAAAUCCAUGUAUUAAUCGAGAAAUUACAAUUUGCUUGAUUCUUGCUUUCUGAAAAAUAAUGCUUUAUAAUCAUAUUUGAAAAUUAAAAUAUCAUUAUGAUUUAACAGUUUCUACAUAUUGGUGUAUUAACUAUUGCAGAAACAAAAAACAAAACUUUGCCAAAACUAUUGCCGGUAAUUGAGAGCCACUGUGCCGCGUGUCUUAAUAUCAUAACAUAUUUGUUGAACACUGUCGUGUCUGAGCAUAUGGUAUAAAUGUUUUUUUUUGUUUUUAUUACGGUAAUAGCCCCCCCCGCACCCCCAACAACAACAACAAAAACACAGGAAAAAGAUUUUCGUACGAUACAUUUUAAGAGUUUUUACAGCUCAAAUGGCUGAUGUUCAAGACUGCUGAAAUACAUUUUCUAAUGAACAGGGCUAACUUUAUUAUUAUUUGUUUUCUGCUGGACAGUAUUACUUCAAAAAAGGUACCUACCUUAUCUGCUAGAUUGCAGUAAUCUACUUUGGCAAAGCUAUUUAUAUUUUAAUUUAAAUGUGACUGCACAAUUACAGUCAUGAGGAGUGAAGUGCUUCUGUUUUAUUGAUUGGUGCACUUUAAAACAUGUUUUGCUGGGCAUUAAUUUGAAGAUGCAGUGAACACUCAGCAUAGUAGUUAGGAUUAUUAAUCAUU